AUGAAGCAAGUGCCUUCGAAAUAUGACGUCAACAACAAGGUGUUCAACAGAGAUAACUUUGAGACUUCGUUCCAAAUCCCACCAUAUGAUUCGUCAAUUGAAGAUUAUAAGUCUGUCAAAGGCCAUACGACCAAUAUCAAUGAUACAGUCUUGAACAGUGUGCUACCACAAUUAGAAGCCUUAGCCACCAAGAGAUUUGCUCCAGCCAUAGUUGAUUUGGCAGACAUUUAUAUGUUUGGUAACUAUUCGGUACCCACCAACUAUCUGCGAGCUUUUGAACUCUAUCAGGAAGCCUGUACGAUUUCUGCCAAUGGUCAUGCCAAUUUCAUGCUUGGAUUCAUUUAUUCCACGGGGUUAUUUGAUUUGAUUCCUAAAAAUAAAGAAUUGGCUAUCCUUCAUUAUACCAUCGCCUUUGAGAACGGUGAUCCUCAAGCUCUUUUAACCUUGGCAUAUCGGUAUCAUCAUGGGUUGGGUGUGGUUCCAGAUUGUCAAGUAGCCCAUUUGUACUACUCUCGAGCAGUACAGGAGAAAUGGAAUGAUUAUCUUAAGAUCCAAUCCACUAAUAACAGAUAUGCCAAUCAGUAUGAUAUCAGUAUAGCUGAUUUUAAAGGUGGUAUGUUUGGAUCUGAAUUAAGUGAAUCUCCUAAAAGUUAUGAGAUAGAUGAAAUCGCUCUCAUGAAUACCUUGGAUAAAUAUAAAGAUUCAACUGACGAUCCCAAACUUCAUCUACUAGCAGAAUUGUAUAUCACUGGACUCUUGUAUUUUAGAGGUGAUUUCUUGAGACAUAGUGACUAUGACAAAGCCCUUAAGUGUUUCCGAAGGUGUGCUGCCCAUGAGGUUUCCAAUGAUUCACAUUCUUACAAGCCCUUGAUUAAUCGGUGUAAUUAUUAUAUUGGAGUAAUGCAUUUAAAUGGUUGGGGUGUUGAAAAGGAUGUUGGGGUUGCCUAUGAGUUGCUUUCUCUGUCAACUAUUGGAUCUUUUGAAUUGGGGAAUAUGUAUGAAAACGGUUUAAUCAUUGACAAUCAUCAAGACCCAGACUUGGAAUUGGCAAUUGAACAUUAUAAUGCUUCCAAAUCAGUGGACGGGUACUUGGCCGUGUAUAAGAUAUUGAGAUCGUUAUCAAGAUUUGAAGAAGCAAAGAAACAAUUGGAGUUAAUUAUAAACUUACCCAGUGGAAAUCAAUAUUCUAACUCAAAAGCUCUUUAUGAAAUUAAUAAGUAUUGGGAAUUGGGGUCCUUGGCCCCAGGUAGUUCAACCCCCAAGCAACUUUGUGAAGUACUCUGUGCUCAAUAUUUUAGAAUCAUUAAUUUGGAAACGGGAUUAUUCAUGCCUUCAUUGGAUUACGCCUUGAACGAAUUGAUGUUGGGUAACUUCAAAAAUGCCCUAUUGGGGUAUCUGAUAGCUGCUGAACAAGGAAUGCUUUAUGCUCAAAUCUCUGCAGCCACACUUCUUAUGCCUGAAAGACCAAUGUCUAAUCAAGUUAUGAAACAUUCUACUCCCAAAAUGGACACUAAACAACAAGCAAGAUUUCUAGCAGGUAUGGAAUACCUUGAAUUGGCUUCUUCGAGACUCGAUGUAGACUCGACUAUCUUAUUGGGAGAUAUUUUCCAUAAUGGAUAUGAAGAAGCAAACAUAACCGUUGACCAUCAUAAGGCUUAUUCCUAUUAUACCUUAGCAGCCAAAUUGGGUUCACCUCAUGCUUUCUUCAAUUUGGGAUACAUGUAUGAGUAUGGUUAUGGUCCUGCUAAUAAUACUGUGGAUUACAGUAUGGCCAAAAGGAACUAUGAUGAAUGCUUCUACCAUAUAAAUAGAAGAUCUCACGAGCAGAAGACCCAACUCAAUACAAUCCCCGUGAACUUGGCGUUACUUCGAGUUCGUCUAAAGCAUUUCUUCAGCAGCACCAAGAAUGAUCUGAACAAAAGCUCUUCAUGGUGGAGUGCCUUAUUUUCUCAGCCAGAUAGUGUGGUUGUAGAAACUCAACCUCGUGGUGAUGAGUUCCAUCAAAAUGAUGCCAACGGUAAUGAUGGUGAUGAUUUUGACAAUGACAAUGAUGAUGGCGGAGAAUGGUUCUUGAUACUUUUUAUUAUUGGUAUUCUUUCCAUGCUUUCUCUCCAGAUGAUCAGACGUCGACAGAAUGGUGAUCAACCUAAUGCAAAUGUUGAUUUCCAAGUCCAUUUUGUUGCUCUCUGA